AUGCAGCUAGCAUUCACUUUUGGCAAAGAGCCGUUUGCGGAAUGGGGGAUCCAGUGCCGUGCGUCGCAACUGGCCGGUGCGCAUAGAACGAUACGCAAAAACGGUACCAACGGAGCCCGGCUCGAAGCGAGACGCACACUGGGCACGGGUGUCGAUCGCGUGUCAAAAGCGAGGCGAGCGUGCAGAUUGUCGAUCCCUCCUGUCUCGCCUAGCAUACGACCAGUGCACAAUCCGACGCGAGUCUUUGCCAACGCUCCGUUUUUAUUGACACUCCGCUCCGCCAUCCCGCAACGCCGGUUGGCGUGCCCCCCGCCGCCAGCUCGCCAGCGCGCCGAGCUGCUGAGCCGCUCAACUGGGUAUCGCCGAGCCACAGGUUUGCGAAACCCGCCCGGCCGCGCCAGCCAGCAUCCAGUCGAGCACCAGGACAGCUUCUCGCGUCCGUCUGCACACGCGAUGUCCAGAUCCCCUCCUGCCAUGUCGCAGCACGCACCGGCCGACGACGUCGAGCUCGACAAGCAACGUCCAGCGUCGCACGCCAGCUCCGUCGAGCUUCCCAUCUCGCUCUCCUUUACUUCUGUCGCGUCCAACGCCAUUCACGCUCCCACUGAGCCACCGACGUAUAACGCAUACAACGCGGAAGAAUCUUUCCUCCCUUAUCUGGACGACGACGUGCAAGCUGCCCAAUCCGCGGGUGUCGCUCGUGCUAGCGCGUCAUCACGACUGACGCCAAGGCCGCUCGAUUCGCCGCAGCUCGCGCAUCUCAGUCCAACACCGCACACGCAGCCGCGCAGCUCGACACCACCAUCCGACUCGCCACGCGACUCGCCCGUCAUUGAUCGUGGCGCGAUUCGCUCCGACUCGCCGUACAACAGCCCGGAUCUCGCGUUCGCCAUCCCCGCAGCUGUCGAGCAGCAGCGCAACGAGCGCCAAAGCCUCGUAGCUCCAGCCACUGCCACAGACCGCACGUCCAACCGCUACUCCAAGGUGCUCCACGGCCUCGGUCUCUUCGGCGCCGUGUCAAAGCGAAAGAGCCGGGCAGACAUGUCGGCGCCAUCAAACCCCAAGGGACUGCGCAUCGAGACGUCCAUCGCCAUUGACGAUGUGGACAGCGCUUCCCAGAGCAGUUCCGGGCUGCGUCCUCCCAUUUCGAGGUCGGCAGGCACCAGUCCGCUCGCGUCGCCAGCACUCACGUACAAAGCACCAACCGCGCACCACUUGAUCGGCGGGCUGGCAGUCAACCAUGCACAGGGUCUCAGCUCGUCGAGCAGCUUCGCGUCGCACGAGGAGAGCAAGUACCCGACCUCGCACAACGACCAAUUCUCCACCGGCCUCGUGCCCGUGCUCAACAUCGACGAUGCAGCCAGCUCGAUCUACUCUGCCAACACCCCGCGCAGGCCGUACACGCCCGGCAGCUUCACCAACGGCCCGCGCACGCCGCUCUCUGCCACGGCAUCGCCAACAAUGGGCUACUUUGACGAAAAGAAGAUCGCUGGCAGUAUGGGCGGAUCGAGUGUGUCGCUCUCGCUCUCGCCCGCGGGCAAAGCCGACAGCGUGCAGGAGAUCAAGAUGUGGGGCGAUUACGAUGCCGAGACCGAACCGGACGACUACCUGCACGAGCCCGACGCCGACGCCGACAAGUCGAGCUCCAAGCACAUCUUCUCUCCGCGCGGCAUGCUCAACAUCGGCACGCUCGCGCUGCUAGGCGUGGCACUUCUGGCGCUGUUCGGCGGGUACCCCGUGAUCGCGUGGCUUUCUAGACCAAAGGCGUCCACCAAGGGCGGCUUCAAUCUCGGCGGCAUCAACGCUACGGGCCAGGUGGCCGACCUGCACAUCGGCCGCGCCCUCGUCGAUCCCGACACGCCGGACAACGUCCGCACCCGAACCACACUCGACGGUACGGGCAGAAAGAUGAAUCUCGUCUUUAGCGACGAAUUCAACCGCGACGGGCGUAGCUUCUACCCGGGCGACGACCCCUUCUGGACCGCCAUGGAUCUGCACUACUGGGGCACGGACAACUACGAGUGGUACGACCCCAGUGCCGUCACCACGGCCAAUGGUUCGCUCGUCAUCACCCUCGACCAGAUCCCCACACACAACCUCAACUUCCGCGGCGGCAUGCUCCAGUCCUGGAACCAGUUCUGCUUCACCGGCGGAUACAUCGAGGUAUCCAUGGUCUUGCCCGGUGCACCCGAUGUCGCGGGGCUUUGGCCAGCUGCAUGGACCAUGGGCAAUCUCGGACGCGCAGGCUACGGCGCAAGCACCGAUGGAAUGUGGCCCUAUACCUACGAUGCGUGCGAUGUCGGCACACUCCCCAACCAGACGUACGCCAAUCAUACCGGCCCAAUUGCCGCUCAGACGACGGGCGUGUAUGUGGAAAAGUACGGCCCGUAUCUGUCGUAUCUGCCGGGACAGAGGCUAAGUCGAUGCACGUGCAACGACUCGGACGACCACCCGGGUCCACGCCAUGCCGACGGCUCGUGGGUCGGCCGCUCGGCACCGGAGAUCGAUAUCAUCGAAGCGUCUGCCUCCCACAUCCGCGGCUCUCGUGGGUAUGCUUCCAUGUCGGCUCAGAUUGCGCCAUUUUCGUCUGGCUACAACCUCAGCGACGCUCCUGGCUCCACCGAGUUCUUCUCACAAGAUGCAAGCCUCAAUACCUACACGGGCUCCGUAUAUCAGCAAGCCGCGUCGGGUCUUGUGUACACCAAGCGCGGCGCGUACCAGGAAACGCUUGGCGAAUUCUCCUCGUACGGCUACGAGUACAAUCCGGGCUCGGAUCCGGACUCGUACAUUCUAUGGACUGUCGACGGCAAUCCCAUGUGGAAGCUCAACUCGAAAGCGCUCGGUCCCGACCCGGCAACCGAGAUCAGCCAACGCCCCAUCCCGUACGAGCCGAUGUACAUCCUGCUCAACCUCGGCAUCUCGGCCAGCUUUACAACAAUCGAUUGGAAUAGGCUCAAUUGGCCCGCCACCAUGCUGGUCGACUACGUGCGUGUGUGGCAGGUGGAAGGCGAAGAAAACGUCGGGUGCGAUCCCGAAAACGCCCCUACGGCCGCAUACAUCGAGAAACACAAGGAAGCCUACUACAACGCCAACCUCACCACCUGGACCGAGACCCGAGAGAGGGGAGGAUACAAUCAGAAGUUCCCCGGUAACUCGAUGCUCGGCCAGUGUUGA